CUGUCAAACACUGGAAUUACAUUAGCGCGGCACUAACGUAAACGCGGAAGUGGAAAUAUCUCAUUCGGUGACACGCGUCCACGCGGUUAAUGUGCACACUUUGCAACAAACGGACGCGUAUAGAAAUAUAAAAAAGUCGUUUAAAAUCAUUUCUGUUGCUUUCAUAUAGCGGUUAACGUAAAAGACGUGCCGUUUCCUCAUGCCGUAAAGCGGCGUGCCGUAUUGUUGUUGUCAGGAUCCGCACCUGCUCCAGGAUGCGCUCCUUUAACUGGGCCGUUUUGGCCUUUUUGCUACCGUUUGUCGCCAAGUACGAAACGUUCGCCCUCCAGGACGUGACGGCCGACCUUUUCGGUGCCAAAAACAACGGCACGCUGGCGGCGUUUGGGGACUUUAACGCCGACAAACAGACGGACAUCUUCAUCAUCAGGGAACAGUCUGAGCUGGUGAUCUUCCUGGCGGACUCCAAAGCACCGUACUUCAAGCCCAGGGUUAACAUCUCCAAAGGCAUUCUGCCAAGUGACACCGUCCUCACCAGUGUGGUGCCCGGCGACUACGACGGGGACUCCCAGAUGGACGUUCUCCUCACCUCGCAGAUGAGCCUGACGGACUCUUCGGUUUUCAUCUUUUGGGGCGACAACCAGACAUUAGACACAGUUGGUUGGAUCAAGCUGAACAAGACCUUCAAGGAUCAGCCUCUGGUCAUGGACUUCAAUGGCGACAUGAUCCCAGACAUAUUCGGAGUCACAGACCAGGCCACCACAGAAUAUUGCUCCCUCGUCAACAGGUGAAGUGAAAUCUUGGACU